AUGCCCUUCUACGGAGAGCAUUUGGAACGUCUGCUCCAUCAUGUGCUACAACUUAUAACUGGUUCGGUGAAUUUCGGCGAGAGUGAGCCGGCUUGGAAGAUGAAUCUCGCAGUGAAAGAUUUUCGACAGUCCUGGAAACAUAACAUUGCUCGUGCCGAGUCUCCGAUGAAGGAAAAUGGGCGAAUCACCUAUGAAGAGUUCGAGCAGAGUCUCGGCAUCGAAUCGGCAGCAGUUUCGAAGAUUUUGCACGAACGUCUUCACGGGAAAUACAUGGACCUUGAGGUGGAUUUCAAAGGAGAACCCAUCGGGGCUUACAUCACCAAUUAUCUUCUCGAGAAGUCCCGAGUGACAUGGUAUCCGGCGGGAGAGAGGAACUUCCACAUCUUCUAUCAGAUUCUGGCUGGCGCCGAUGUUCACAUGUUGAAAACGCUGAAGUUGCAGCGGAAUCCAGAGAACUACGACCUUCUGCAGAGGGACAAGCAUCAUCACUUGGAAUCCAGAGACGACAGAGAGGAUUUUCAUCACACGAAGCGAGCCAUGGAGACGCUGGGAUUCAGUUCGAGCGAAAUCUUGAACGUGUUUCGUUUGGUGUCGGUGGUGCUAAAACUCGGGAACAUCUCUUUCGUACCCAUCAAUAACAUCGACGGCACGGAGGGAUCCGAAAUAUGCAGCGACUACGAGAUGCACGACUUGUGCGAGUUGUUGGGAGGCGAGUACGUGGAUAUAGUGAGGGCAUUAACUCAGAGGACACUUUGGAGCGGUGAAGUGCCUUCCUCAACUUGCCUUGCUUCUCCUGGGCACAAGAGAUCCGGGGACUCGAAACAGUCAUCGUUGAACCGAUCUUCAUCUCUCUCCAGACCCGAGUUGGCGGAAGGGUGCGAGAGCUACAGGUCGGACUACGGGACGAUGCCGAGCAGUUCGCCCCGCGAUAACAUCGUCGUUGCAGACCUCACGGCAGCGGAUUCCAUCAACGACAAAAAUGCCCUUGCCAAGGCCAUCUACAAUCGCCUCUUCACCUGGCUCGUCUCCAGGAUCAACGAACUCCUCAAGCCGAAAGGACACGGGAAAAGACGAGUACUCGGACUUCUGGACAUCUACGGUUUCGAGGUCUUCACCGAGAACAGCUUCGAACAGCUCAUCAUCAACUUCUGCAACGAGAAGCUCCAUCAGUUGUUCCUGGAGCUGGCAUUCAAGGAAGAGCAGGAAGAAUACAUUCAAGAGGGCCUCGAAUGGGAGCCCAUCGAAGAGGAAUACAAGAAGGUUGAAUUUUGUUGCUGGAAGGAGUUGAAGAAAGGUAAUGGUCGCUACCGCGCCCAUUGA